AUGAAUUAUACUAUCAAAAUAGGCGUGGCUUCUGUUCUUCCCACUUGGGCUAUAGCAAACCACAAGCCAGCUUCUGUUGUCACUGUUGACAGUGACAGUUUGGGGAAGUUGAUCAGUGUACUUCAGUUACCAUCUGUGCUUUCAGCCUCUGGUGCUCACCCCUUCUGCUCUGUUUUAAAAACUCUUCACUGGACUGACAUCUUGUAUAGCAGAAAAAUAAAGAAAGGAAACAUGAAUCCCACAAUCCCAAAUCUAAUAUGGCUACUUCUUCUGGCUUAUGGUACUUCAGAAAUUCUCGCUGAGACCAAGUAUCCUAGAACCCUGCCAUGUGAUGUCAGCGUGAAUAACUCCUCCGUCAUUUUUGACUGCAGUGCCCGUCAACUGAGAAGUGUGCCUCCUGCAAUGCAUGGUAAUGUAACAGAAUUAAAGCUCUCAGACAACCUUAUAAAGGAGGUAUUUAAAGAAUCUUUUCAGGGCCUGAAUAAUCUUAUGAAAAUAGAUCUAAACAGAAAUCACUACUCUAAGGUAGAGGAAGAGGCUCGUGAUUUGUGUAAAAAAGGAAUGGUAAUUGAAGAUGGAGCUUUUGCUAACUUAACAAAGCUAAGGGAAUUACUAGCUGAUGAAAAUCACCUAUGUAAAAUACCAGUUGGGAUGCCAUUGUCCUUAACCUCACUGAGUUUGAGAUAUAACAACAUACGUUCUGUCUGUCGGCAAAAUUUUUCAGAACUCACACAACUGAAAGAACUCUAUAUGGAUGGGAAUUGUUAUUAUGGCAAUCCCUGUGAAAAAGCUUUCCUUGCAGACAAUGGGGCUUUCUCGGACCUCACUAUUUUGACAGUCCUGUCACUUGCCUUCAACAACCUGACCCGAGUUCCAAGCAAACUGCCUUCAUCUCUAAGGAAACUUUACCUCAGCAGCAACAAGAUCAAAACCAUCAACCAAGAUGAUUUUAAUGAACUGUCUAAUAUAGAAGUCCUUGACUUAAGUGGGAACUGUCCAAGGUGCUACAAUGCCCCCUACCCAUGUGAACCUUGCAUUGGGGACUCCGCCAUUCAAAUACAUCCUCUUGCUUUCCAGCAUCUGAAAAAUUUACAGAAUUUAAACCUCUCCAGCACCUCUCUCAUUAACUUACCGGCCAGCUGGUUUUAUAACACAACACAGUUAAAGGUGCUGCAUCUUGAAUUUAACUACUUAAUAAAGGAAAUAGCCUCUGGAGAGUUUUUACUCCAGCUGCCUUAUUUGGAGGUGCUUGAUUUAUCUUUUAACUAUGCAAGGAAAUCAUACCCGAGGUAUAUAAAUAUUUCAGACAAGUUCUCCAACCUGGUCUCUCUCCAGCAACUGCACUUAAGAGGUUACGUGUUCAAGGAACUUAAGAGCAAACACCUUCGGCCCCUCAUAAAUCUUACCAAACUACACAUCCUCAAUUUAGGAGUCAACUUUAUCAAGCAAAUUGAUCUCAGUGUGUUUCAGCUCUUUGCUAAUCUGACUACAAUUUCUUUGUCUGACAACAGGAUAUCACCUAUACUAGAGAGCAGCAAUAACAGUGUUACUAGAGGAGAAUCAGUCCAAAAUCAUGUAAUUCAAAGUCGUUCAACAGAUACUGAUCUUGAGCCAUCAGUAAAUAGUAUGGUACCAGCAGAACGCAAAGACAGUAGCAGUGUGUAUAAUCCCAUUUUUCCUUUAAUCAAACCCCAAUGCAGCAUGUAUGGUAAAUCAUUAGAUCUAAGCUUAAACAGUAUUUUCUUCAUUGACCAACAGCAAUUUAAAGGUUUCCAUGAUAUAGCAUGUUUGAAUUUGUCCUCAAAUGGCAUUGGACAAGCUUUGAAUGGCACUGAAUUUAUCUUUCUACCUAAUCUCAAAUAUUUAGAUCUGUCUUUUAAUAAACUUGAUUUGGCUUAUCAAUAUGCAUUUUAUGAACUGCCUAGGCUAGAGGUACUGGACCUCAGCUACAACGUACACUAUUUUAUUGUGUCAGGGAUAACACACAGAUUGGGAUUUACUGAAAAUCUUCCGUAUCUAAAAGUUUUAAACUUAAGUUACAAUGAAAUUUUUACACUCACAGAGCCUAAUCUAACUAGCAGCUCCCUGAAAGAGUUAGUGUUCAAAGGAAACCGCCUUGAUAUUUUAUGGAAAAAUGGAGAUAACAGAUACAUAAAUAUUUUUAAAAGACUCUGCAAUCUGACUCAUCUUGACAUAUCCUACAACAGACUUCAUAAAAUUCCUACCAACGCAUUCCGUGGCCUGCCACAAAGUCUAAUUGAGCUACACCUAACCAACAAUGAAUUAACGUACUUUGAAUGGACUGCCUUGCAACAAUUUCAGAACCUCACAUUACUGGACCUGAGCUCAAAUGCUCUGUCUUUUGUAACUGAUAACCUUGCCAACUGCACAGCUUCCCUUCAGAGACUAGUGCUUCGACAAAACAAGAUUUCUCAGCUUGCUGAUGGAUUUUUUAAUAAAGCCAGCAGCCUCCUGCACCUUGAUUUAAGUUACAAUGAGCUGCCUUCCAUAAACCAGUCAAUACCUCAGUAUGAUAACUUAAUUUAUUUAGAGCUUUUGGACUUAAAAGGAAACCCUUUCGAAUGCACCUGUGCAACUGUUGAUUUCAAAAACUGGAUAAAUCAUUAUGUUAAUAUUAGUAUCCCACGACUGGCAACAGAUGUCAUUUGUGCAACACCUGGAGAUCAAAAAGGGAAGAGCAUCAUAAGUUUAGACAUAUAUGCCUGUACUUUGGAUAAGGUUGCAGCAAUAUGCUUUUGUUUGUCAUUCUUCAUUAUUCUGACCAUUAUGACAACAGCUAUCACAAAACAUUUAUUUUAUUGGGAUGCCUGGUAUAUUUACUAUUUUUGUACGGCAAAACUAAAAGGAUAUAAAUCUCUUGGCAUGACCAAAGCUCUCUAUGAUGCUUACAUAGCCUAUGAUACUCAGGAUGCAACAGUAACUGACUGGGUAAUAAAUGAGCUACGAUUUCAUCUAGAGGAAAGUGAAGACAAGCAAGUUCUGCUUUGUUUGGAGGAAAGGGACUGGGAGCCGGGAAAGGCUGUCAUUGACAACCUUGCACAGAGCAUCCAUCACAGCAGAAAGACCAUCUUUGUUCUAACCGAAAGAUAUGUGAAAAAUGGGAACUUUAAAACUGCUUUUUAUAUCGCUCUGCAGAGACUAAUGGAUGAGAAUACGGAUGUGAUUGUGUUCAUUCUACUGGAGCCGGUGCUACAGCAUUCCCAGUACCUGAGGCUGAGGAGGAGGAUCUGCAAGAGCUCUGUUCUUGACUGGCCUAAGAAUCCACACGCUGAAGGCCUUUUCUGGCAAAAUCUAAAAAGUGUAGUGCUAACAGAAAAUUAUAAAAGAUAUAAUACAUUAUACACAGAUUCCAUUAAAUGACGGUAAAGAGAGAAGACUCUCUUCUUCCUUGUAGCACAUAUCUUUGUAUUGAGACAUUAUCAGUUUUGAGUACAUAAUUAGAAUCUAGUUAAAACAGCCUCAUUGGAAGUGUUGAUUCUCUACUAAAGUGUUUGAGGAAGUAUGAAGGAAGCGAACAGUACAGUACUUUGGCCUGAAUUAAUGUCAGUUAUGCUACUACAGGCAAGUGGAAGAUGAUAUACACAGAUACUGUGCUGUACUGAUGAUUUGUGUAAACUGUUUCUCAAUACUUGUCAGUUAUCACCACUAAUUACACACGUAAUUAGCCAUUAUGAAUUGUAUGUUUAACAUCAUGGAACUUCCAAAACUAUCUAACUUGCUAGUGAGAAUUAAGAACAGUCUUACCUUUGGCUACCUUUUAAUGAAACCGUUUUUAUACUUCAGUCCAAUGAUACUUACUAACAAUAGUUGCGGCUUAACAGGGACACUUGCAAGUGGUCUAAUGGUGCUUCGUUGUGUGUUUUAGUCUUGUGUUGAUCUGGAAUGUUUGCUUCUUUAAAAUCAGCUUUUGGUUUCUUCACACCUGUUAUACACAUAGAAAGUGUACACACUGUGACCUCACUGCCUGACUCUGGUUGUUGACCAUCAAUUACCCAUGCUUGGAUCCAAUGUCAGAUGUCUUAUAGCUGCCCUUGCUACUGGCAUGGGGCAGUAAAUUCCAAACUACACUGGUCUGUCUAAUAAUGGGGUCGGCUCUGUAGCUUUGUGGACUGCAUGAUCACUCUUAGAAUUGGGUCUUCUCUUACAUCAGCAUUCCUCUUAAUGGGUGCAAAUGGCUAUCUACCAUAGGGAAUAAAAAUAAAAAUUUCUACUCUAUUAGUGGAAAUCAUGCUAAUAAACUGAUUCACUGAUAGACCUAUUAAUAUAGGCUGAUAUUUUCAAGUAUGCCCAAAGGUGUUUCUUGCCCAAAUCCCAUUAGAACAGGGGUUCUCAAACUGGGGGUCAGGACCCCUCGGGGGGUCGUGAGCUGUCAACCUUCACCCCAAGCCCCGCUUUGCCUCCAGCAUUUAUAAUGGUGUUAAAUAUAUUUAAAAGUGUUUUUAAUUUGUAAGGGAGGUCACACUCAGAGGCUUGACAUGUGAAAGAGGUCACCAGUGAAAAAGUUUGAGAGCCACUGCAUUACAACUCAAUAAGACUGGGGUGCCUAACUCCCAGAGGCCCCAAUGAAGAUCUAAACCAAACUGUCUUAUCAGGAGGAAUGACAUGAAGGUUAGAUGACAACAAAAUCAACAAAGUUUGUACAAGUCAUCAGCUAGUGAUACUUAAAUGGGAGAAUCCAACUUACUGAAUGUAAAACAGAACACAAUGGAACAAUACUUUUCUCAGUUAUACCUGAGCAGCUCCACUCUAGUCAGUGAUUUUGGACGUGGUAAUUUGAUCCUUUAACAGAAAUGAAUAAAUGGACCAAUAAAGCUUAUAAGGGCUUUUCUAUUAUCUUCUUCCUUAUGUUGGAUCAUAUUAAGGAAGUUCUGUAUUAAAAUCACAAAUGAGUUUGAUUCCCCAUAGUUUAAAUUCCAGGGUAUUACUAAUUAAGAGGUCUCUUGGUUUUUGGUACUGUUUCUCUCCCUCUCUGUGUGAAACUUGCAAGCUGCUAAUUGUGUUAGUACAUCCUAAGACAGAGUCUGUUCUCAAAGCAAUACUUUGUAACAACAGAAGCAGCACCCAGAGACUCCCCGCCCUUUUGUUGUAUUUAUCUCGCUUUGUUAACAAUUGUGAUUAAAAUAGAGAUAGAGGAUGUAUGUGGAUGGAUGCUUGGUGUGGAUAAUAACUGAAUGAUCAGGGAGGUGCCAGCCUAAGAAUCCAGUGUCCAUGGGUCGAAGAAGGUGUCAAAUGGAAACAACCAGAGGACCCCUGGAGGGUAGACUGGAAUCCACCCAAUAGCCUCAAGGAUGGGAGAACCGAAGAACAACACGGAGCCGUCAGGAAUGUGCCAUCUGCUGAUUGAUUCAGCAACAGCAUGAUGAAGCAAUUCCCAUAGACUGGCAUAGGAAGAAAUUCCUAUAAAAAUGGACUCUAGAAAGUGAGAACUUUGGGGUCUGAUUCUGCAAACCAACUUCCAGGAGCAUUAGAUGUGCAUCUGACAAGGCCCUGCUCCCUCCCAUGUCCAGGCCACCUGGCCAGUGGCUUGGCAUGAGCAACUCUAAGGCUGGUAACGAUGAUAACAACCUUGCAGAACUUGUGUAUGUAUGAAUGAAUGUGUGAAUAAAUAUGAAAUUGAAUGGAAUGUUAAAGCUAUAACUAACUGCUUGCUAUGAUUCUUUCUGUAUUCACAAUAAAUGUGGCAUUUUGCCUUUCCCCCUUUAAUAAGAUCCUGAUGGUUUUUAUUUUAUUGGUAUAACACUUAUAACUAGAGCUGGGCAGGAAAUGAUUUUUCCAUCCUGCAAAAAUUAGAGAUAGCAAAUACAUUUUCCCAUCCUGAGUUGGAAUAAGACUAAAUCUCAAAUAUUUUCGCAAACUGAAAAUCUGAAAAAAUAUCGGUUCAGGUCAAUCAUGUUCAAUUUCAAUUCUGACCUUUUCAAAAUCCUUUUUUUUGGGGGGGUGGGGGGUUGGGGGGGAAGGAGGGGUGUCUAAAUUUACUAAAAUUUUUAAACAAAAAGUUUUUGAGACUUAAACCUCCCCAAACUUUUCAUUUGGUAACUGUCAAAAUGGGACACUAUUGAAACAUUUGUUCCCAGUCAUUUUCUGAGUCAGGAGAUCUGUCAAAACUGGCCCUGUUUUGCAACCAGUUUUUAUUGUGACAAAUCAAUAUUUUGGGGGGGAAAGAUGGUUCAUUGAAAAAUUCCUGACAAGCUCUACUUUUAAUUUUCUCUCUCUCUCUCUCUCUUCAUGCAUCUGACGUAGUGGAUAUUCACCCACGAAAGCUUAUGCUCCAAUACAUCUGUUAGUCUAUAAGGUGCCACAGGACUCUUUGCCUCUCUCUCUCUCUUGACAUUUACAGAGUGACCUUGUCACUGCUCGGUUCAUACUGUGCUGAUGCAAACUGGGAGCACACAUGUCUGUGGUCACAUCAGGUGAUGCCAGGUCAUGGGAAGUCUAGUUUUCUAUGUUUAACAAAAAGCAACUUUGACACAACACAUGAACUGACUAGUCUGAGCUUGGGAUAUUUCUACAGAUAGUUUCACAUUUUCACUUUCAUUUCUGUGCUACUGCAAAGCUGGAAAAAAUACCCAAAGUUUCGUUUCCUAGUCAUGCCCCUUUUCUUUUAUCUCAAUUACAUUGCAUGACAGCAUGAGAAAUCAGAGGCCUUGUCUACUAAUAAUUGCUGCUAGCAAUAAUUAGUAGAGCUAGAGCUCUUUGUAAAGUCUAUCUUUGUGGGUGUUUGCAUAGUGCAUUGGGAUUGGAUUUAAAGUCCUUAUUUUUUCUUUCAGAAUGCAAUUCUACUUCUGAAUAGGUUGAAAAAGAUAACACUAUCCCCUACAUUUGUGUAGCUAUUCGCUAGCAUUCAAAACAAAUCUUUGAAAAAAUUUAAGGUCACCUGUUAAAAAGCUGCCAUAAAAAUAUUCUGUAACAGUUUUUUGAAAUGACUGUUAAAGACCUCUUCUUGCUGCUAUAGAAAUCAAUAGCAAAAUAUCAAUUGACCUCAGUAGUAGCAGGGUGGGGCCUUUAUUAUUCACAAGUUUAUUGUGAGGACAUACAUCGGCUGAGUUUAGCAAGUCUAGAUAUUGGCCCAGAUCCUGCUUACUUAUUCAUACAAGUUGGUUUCAGUGGGAAUAUUUUUGUAAGUCAGCAGGAUUUGUCCAGGGAUGCCAUUCAGGGCUUCUCUUCAUGGCAAGUUGCUGUGUGGCAAGCCACGGUGUGAAUCUACCGUAAUAUCCCAUGUGGUCACCGCUACAGUGCUGUGAAAGUCCUGGAGCGCGGCUUGGUAUACUAUGACUUGAAAGCUUAGUAUGUCAAGCUCCACUCUGGGACUUUCAGUGCACUGUGGCUGGGCCCACAUGGGAUGUCACUGUGUGACAAGCUCAUGCAAUGCAGAGCCACACCCUGGCUUGCCAUGUAGUAACUUGCCCUCUAGACAAGCCCUUAAUCACAGAAUCCUCGAAAUUAGGCUUGGAAAUGUCUUAUUAUAUCAUUUAAUCCAUACCCCUGCCUAUACAGGCUGCUUCCCUACAGUAGAUUUCCUAGCUUUAUCCAAUCUUUUAACUGUCACAAGCAAUGAAGUUUCCGCUAUAUUCCUUAGGAGACUGUUCUAGGAUCCAUUAUAUGUUGUCAAGGCUGAUUCCCCACUCUGGCACUUCGAGUGCAGAAGGUGGGGGCCCGCAUGGACUCUAAAAAUUAAUACUGGCCACUCCAGGCUUGUAUUAAACUCCCAAGGUCACAGCUUUUUUCUGACCUUGGAUUGGUAGAUGCUGCCACAACCCAAGUGCAAAAACCCCUUUGAGAACCCAGGAAGGCGCACUUGGGAAUUCCUUCCUGUGGAGUACCCUUAAGCUCUUUCACACACCCUGCCCCCGGGAAGAGCUGAGAAAGAAAGACAAAGGAAAUCAGCUGUUGCCACCAGCUUAUUAAACAACAUGUGCACAAACCUCUUAGGGACACAAAAAUUAAUUCUGUUCUUUAAAAAGGUAAAUUUUAUUAAAAAACAAAAGAAAAAAUAUAUCUUGGAGUUUAGGCUAUUGCUAGAUUUAAAAAGAGCAACUACAAAGAUUAAGCAUCAAGGAUAGUUUCUUGAGGUCCAGCUUAAAGGUUACAAGCAAAACAAAAGCAUUUGGGGUUAGCACAGAGGAGUCCACAAGCCCUAAAGAAAUAAAAGGGAUAAACCUAAUUGUGUGACUAGACAUUUCCUGAUCUACUUACAUAUCUGGGGUUUUAAAUGAGUAGCUUCUACGUAUGAUCCUGAUGAUUUUUUCAUAUCUGGCCCCAAGCUUCUUAAGGAAUAGUUUUUUCUGUGCCCUCGCUCCUGGAGAACAACCACAGACUGACAAAAGAGGAGUCUUGUUUCAAUUUUUAAAAAGUUCUAAAGCUUUCCCAUUGGCUCUCCUGGCCAGGUGCCCAUUCACUUCUUUUAACUCUUUACAGGUAAAGCAAGUAGAGAAUAGCUACUAAGAGGGAUUUUAUAGCUAAUUGGCUGGCUGAGUCCAUAAAAGGGAGCUCCCCCACCCGCCCUUUCAUUUAUCACAUAUGUGAUUAGCAGGUAGUUCUUCCUGACAUUCAGACUAUAUUUGCCUUUCUCAGUUUCAUCUCAGUAUUCCUAGUUAUACCCAUUUCCGCCGCAUGCCACUUUAAGCACAUAAGCAGUCCCUGUUCUUUGCUGGACCGGGACUUUAAAAAGUAGCUGCCUGUCUUUAAAAGCCCUGCUUAUUGUUAAGCGCUGAUGUAAAGAGAUGCUCAGAGGAAGCCAUUUACAGUUCACAACAACACAUUUUUGUUAGUCCUAAAAAUCCUUCAAGAACUGUGCUACAUAUUUUUCAGCACACUCUCCUGUCACCUAAACUGCUGUUUACAUACACACAGAUAGAACAAUCCCAUAACUUUUAUAUGGAGAUUUCAGCAGCAAAAACCAGCCCUACUUAAAAUAACACCCUGGGUAAAUUCCAGAUUUUUAGCAUGUGGCAAGUGGAUUCAUGUUCAAAAAAUAACAAUGUGCACUCACAGACAAAUAUUCCUGCUACAAUGUGUAGAAGCCAACACUUCAUCAUGCAUUUUAAAAAGUGAAAUGUCCAAGGAAAUGAUUCUGAGACCAGAUAUUUUUUACAACUAAUAUCUACCUCAGCGGAAAAAAUAAAAAAUAAAAAGGAAUUAAAAGGGAAGUAUUGCCCCAUCUGAUCCUCCUUCCUUUUAUUUUAUUUGCCGCAUAACCACAGCUUCUCUGUUUGAAAAUGAAGAUUAAUGAUUAGCUUUGGUAAUUUCAUGUUAGUUCCUCGGCAGCUCAAGAGAAAAAUAGAUAUGAUAAUAAAAUCUACCAAAAAACAGAAAUAUACUAUAAUAAAUCCUUCAGAAUUAGAUGAUGUUUCCUGUGUUGCUUUGGUUACAUAAAGACUUUCUCAUCAGUACUUUAAAGGUACACCUACACUGCACACUCCUUCGGGUGCUGGGUACAUACACAGCUCUCCCUGCAUUUCCCAGCAUGGCUAUAAAUAGUAGUGUAGAUGGUGAGGCAGGGCUUAGGUGAGGAAAGACAUUUCUGAAACCUGUGGUAAUGUACCCUGCAUAGCUCUCUACUCGCCCAAGCAGUGCCUCCCAUGCAUAGGCACCGACUUCCUCUCUGCUGGGGGGUGCUUGACCCCCCCCUCUGCCCUUGGCCCACCCCCAGUCCACCCCUUCCUCCAAGUCCCCACCUCUGCCCUGCCUCUUCCCACCCCUGCUCUACACCCAGACCCACUCCAUCACUUUCCCCAAGCCCCCACCCCUGCCCUGUCUCUUCCUGCCCCCACUCCGCCCCUCCUGCCCCCAGCUCCACCCCUAGCCCACCUCUUCCCCGCCUCUUUCUGUGCAACCCCCAUGCUGCAGCUGGAGCAGGGUCUGCGCACCCCCCCACGCCUGCAGUUGGGGCCAGGACUGUGUUGGGGCCGGGACUGUGGCCGGGACGGGGCCAAGGCUUCUGCCAGAGUGAGGAGUGUUGCCACCACCAGGGCUGUGUCCCCCCCGAUGUUGGUGGGGCUCGGGCUGUCAGCCCCCCUGCCUCCCGUAGCAUGGCUCAGGCUGGUAAUCCCACCUCCCACCCCGACCAUGGGGUUCCAGCUGUCAUUUCUCCUCCCCAUCCCUCAGCCCUCCUUCCUGGUUGUUUUUAGUAAAAGUCACAAAUAGGUCACAGGCUCCCUUGAAUUUUUGUUUAUUGCCCGUUGUUGGAUCAUAUUAAAGAAGUUCUGAAUUAAAAUCACAAAUGAGUUUGAUUCCCCAUAGUUUAAAUUCCAGGGUUUUACUAAUUAAGAGGUCUCUUGGUUUUUGGUACUGUUUCUCUCCCUCUCUGUGAAACUUGCAAGCUGCUAAUUGUGUUAGUACAUCCUAAGACAGAGUCUGUUCUCAGAGCAAUUCUUUGUAACAACAACUACUCAUACAGAGAGAGACUCAAAGCAAUACUCUGUAACAACAGAAACAGCACCCAGAGACUCCCUGCCCUUUUGUUGUAUUCAUCUUGCUUUGUUAACAAUUGUGAUUAAAAUAGAGAUAGAGGAUGUAUGUGGAUGGAUGCUUGGUGUGCAUAAUAACUGAAUGAUCAGGGAGGUGUCAGCCAAAGAAUCCAGUGUCCAUCGGCUGAAGAAGGCGUCAAGUGGAAAUAACCAGAGGACCCCCCAGGGCAGACUGGAAUCCACCCAACAGCCUCAAGGAUGGGAGAACCAAAGAACAAGAUAACAUCUAGCAGCACGGAGCCGUCAGGAAUGUGCGAUCUGCUGAUUGAUUCAGCAACAGCAUGAUGAAGCAAUUCCCAUAGACUGGCAUAGGAAGAAAUUCCUAUAAAAAUGGACUCUAGAAAGUGAGAACUUUGGGGUCUGAUUCUGCAAACCAACUUCCAGAAGCAUCAGAUGAGCAUCUGAGAAGGCCCUGCUCCCUCCUCAUGUCCAGGAUACCUGGCCAGUGGCUUGGCAUGAGCAACUCUAAGGCUGGUAACUAUGAUAACAACCUUGCAGAACCUCUGUGUGUGUGUGUGUGUGUGUAUGAAUGAAUGUGUGAAUAAAUAUGAAAUUGAAUGGAAUGUUAUAGCUAUAACUAACUGCUUGCUAUGAUUCUUUCUGUAUUCACAAUAAAUGUGGCAUUUUGCCUUUCC